AUUAUUAUUAUUAUUAUUAUUAUUAUUAUUAUUAUUAUUAUUAUUAUUAUUAUUAUUAUUAUUAUUAUUAUUAUUAUUAUUAUUAUCAUUAUUAUCAUCAUCAUCAUCAUUAUUAUUAUAAUAUGGUAAUUAUAUUAAUACAUUUACUAUUUUAUAUUAAUAUAUUAUUAUUACUAUUAUUACUAUUAUUAUAUUACUAAUGUAUUAUAUUAUUAUUAAAAUAUAAUAAUAAUAAUAAUAUUUAUAUUAUUAAUAUUAUUAUUAUUAUACUAUUAUUAUUAUUAUAUUAUUAUUAUAUUAAUAUAUUAUUAAUAAUAAUUAUAAUAUUUUAAUUAUAAUAGUAAUAAUAAUAAUUAAUAUAAAAAUAAAAGUGAUAAAUCAUGUUUGAAUUUUUCUGAGCUGAUCUGAAUGUUUCUGAUCUGAUCUGAUCUGAAUAUUUCUGAUCUGAUCUGAUCUGAUCUGAAUGUUUCUGAUUUGAUAUGAAUUUUUCUGAUCUGAUCUGAUCUGAAUAAAAUAAGAAUAAGGAAUAAGUAAUAAGAUUAAGACAAACAGAACAGCUUCUAAAUGUCUUAACUACCCUUCACUACCCACCCACUUUUUACAUUUGAGUGCAUAUGAUUAAUUCCCCCCAAAAGGCAAAGGGCAUGCAAGACAUUUGUUCUUCUAUUAAUUGAACUCAUAAAUAUUGUGCCAAAAGCAAACGGUCAAGUUCUAUCCGGGAAGGGGGAGUACUACGUAGUACUCCGUACUUAACAUAAUAUUUGCUGUCAACUUGGGCAAUUGGAAGCUCUGUUAAUUCACUUCCUUCUUCUUCUUCUUCCCACAUUACUCCAUUUCCAAUUUGUAAACCCACAGUCAAGAGAAAUUCUCGAUCUUCACCCUCGCGUCAUAUUUGCUGCAAUCUUCGUCAAGUCCUAAAUCGAAUUGAGGCGGUAAAAAACACACAAAAAGUCACAGAGGCCAUGAAAUUGGUGGCCGCCGCAAAGGUUCGGAGAGCUCAAGAGGCUGCCGUCAGUUCUAGACCCUUUGCCGAGGCCCUUGUUGAGGUUCUGUACAACAUGAACGAGCAGCUCCGGGGGGAAGACGUCGAAGUCCCUUUAACAGCCGUUCGUCCUGUGAAAAAAAUUGCGCUGAUUGUCGUCACCGGUGAUAGAGGCCUAUGUGGAGGUUUCAACAAUGCCAUCCUGAAGAAAGCCGAGAUUCGUAUAAAGGAAGUGGCGGAUCUUGGCUUGGAUUGCACCAUAAUAAGUGUUGGGAAAAAGGGGAAUUCUUAUUUUUUUAAACGGAGGGAGGACAAAACAGUGGAUAGUUAUGUGGAAGGAGGGAAAUUUCCAACCAUAAAGGAUGCACAAGUAAUAGCAAACAAUGUUUUCUCUUUAUUUGUGAGUGAAGAGGUUGAUAAGGUGGAGCUGUUGUAUACAAAGUUUGUGUCUUUGAUCAAGUCUGAGCCUAUAAUUCACACUUUGCUUCCAUUGUCCAAAAAGGGAGAGGUUCGAGACGUGAAUGGGAAGAGCAUUGAUGUGGAGGGGGAUGAGUUCUUUAGGUUGAGCACAAAGGAGGGGAAACUAACAGUGGAGAGGGACCAUCAUAGGAAUAAUGAAAACAGAAAAGGGUUUUCGCCUUAUAUGUAGUUUGAGCAAGACCCUGCACAGAUUCUUGAUGCAUUGAUGCCUCUUUACUUGAACAGUCAAAUUUUGAAGGCGCUUCAAGAGUCAUUUGCAAGCGAGCUUUCAUCAAGGAUGAACGCAAUGAGUAAUGCCACUGAUAAUGCUAUCGAGCUGAAUAGGAACCUCUCCAUUGCUUAUAACCGGCAGAGCCAGGCUAAGAUCACUGGUGAUAUAUUGGAGAUUGUUUCUGGAGCAGAGGCUUCCCUUACAUAGGGGUAUUGUUUAGCUUUCGAUCUUCAUUGUUUUUGCAUGAGUAAUAUUUUGAGUUGAUCAGCAGGUAAUUUAUUUGCCAAUGGAUUAUAGCUGUAGUAGAAUAUUCUGAAGUAUAACUUGUAGGGGUUUCCUAUAACAUUACUUAAAUAAAAUCAAUGGUCCCUGCGCAUUACAAAUGCCACAUUUUUGUGCAUGACAUUUUUUACUAUUCCCUAUGCUUUCUUGAUUUUGAGUUAAACCCCAAAUUCCCAAAAGUAGAACAAUUGAAAGCAAAGUCCACAAGUUUUAAACUGAUUUUCACUUGGAAAGCAAUAAGAAAGUAAGAAAGUAGCUUAGAUAUUGUGUGUAAUGUGCCAGGUUUGAAUUUGAUUUAAAAAAAUGGUGCAUCGCAUUAGAGUUUAAUAAUGAAUGGAAAUACUAAUAUGGAACACAUAUGAAGCACAUUAUAUUGUGGCACUACUGUUGUAUACUUGUAUGAUGUAAAAUUCCUAUCAAUGGCAGUUUGCUACACAUCAUAUCCACACAUGCAUUGCACUUAGAAACAGUAAAUUAGGCACCCGUUGAGUUUUCUGUUUCCACUCAAAAUAGUAAAAUAUCAUUGGGAAAAUAUCUGAAAAACUUCUCUGGAUCACCAUAAAAAACUAAAAAGAAUGUUGAAUAACAAAAAUGGGCAUGUUUUAGAAAUAUUUUCCAGACAAAUUUGAUUAUUUGUUCUGAGUUUCACACUUGCAAGACAUCUUAAUUCACUCUAUAUUGAAUAGAUAUAAAGAUAUGAGCUCACAUUUUAGAAACUGAUAAGAAUUUAUAUAGUUGGUUUCACAACCAUAAAAAAUACUAACAAAUGUAUUACUAAGUAUCCUAAAAAGAUCAUCAUGUUUUAAUAAAACUCAACUACUAUGAAUGAAGUGGUGGAAUCUAGUAAAGAUGCCAAAGUUGUGGGUGAAAGAAAUGAAUAAUGUCAAAACCAGUUGUGCAGAUUCGAAUUCAAAGGGCUAGGGAAAGAUAGAGCUAAAUAGUCUUUUUUGGUUGCUUCCAUUUCAAUGGCUUUGCUCUCAGUCCAAAGUUUAAAGUGGCUUUAAGUCUUAUCCGCCAAAAAGAGACAUCACUUCUAGUAUUCUAUAGUGCUGUCUAUUGUUCUAAUGGUCCAACUUUAUUUUGUCAAUUACUAUGCUUAUUUGGAUUCGCAAAUAUUGGCCAUUAAAAGUUAAUUUUGAUUUAGAAAAGAAAAGGCAAAAAAACAAACACAUGCACACACUUUUGCACAUUAUUUAUUGAAGAGACUUCGAGGGUCUAAACACAGGGCUACCUUUUUUUCUUGGAAUACUAUGAAUUGAAGAAAGCCUAAUAGGAGGGUUAAGGUAAUCAAGGAGAUCGUCACUGGAAAUGCUGAAGAUUCAACACCUUCAAGCUUUUAUCGAUGAUUCUUUAUGCUUAAUUAAUCAACCAGCUCAAAACUUCUGCUUUACUUCUGUUUAGCAGUGAUUGUCCAGAAUAUCUGAAAAGCCCUUUUGAAUCUGUUUAAGAAAGCUAGCUACAUCAAAUCCUAUUUAGUGCUACUUCAUUAUGUUCUUUGCAUGGUUUUCAUAGUAAAACAUUAUUAUUAAGAAUACCCUUUUCUUUCAUUAACCAAUAAGUAAUGAUGUUUAAACUUUUCUCACAUUUUGUGCAAAAAGAUUCUAGUUUUUUUAAAAUACAAAAAUGCCCCUGUGUGAAAAGUAGAUGUCAGUACUUGAGAGGAGGAAUGGGGGCUGGUUAUACAGCAAAGGUAGCACUGGUUGGACCUCAAUCGGGAGUGAAGAACUUCAAGAAAAAGAUGUAUGGGACUGUUUCCAGCAUGAAAGGGAAAAAGAACUGAGCAGUCCCACUGUCCAACAAGAAUCUGCUGCCUCCAGUUGUGUCCUAAGGCUGAUGCCAACUGCAGCAAAAAUGAUCCCAAGAACAUCCUCCAACCAGAACCCACCACCCACUCAUGAACCCAAAAUCAUUCAACACUCAGCUCCAGUCAUCAUACCUGAUUGGUCAAAAAUAUAUGAAACUGGUUCAAACCAGGUCACUACUUACACCCCACCAUUUCUGGGUGAUAAUUAUGAUCAUAGUAGCCAAGCCGAGGAUGAAGGUUGUGGAUUCGUUAGGGGCGGUUGGGAUAGUGGCGGACUACUGGCGGUGAAGACGAAAAAGAAGAUGAUGAAUUUGAUGAUGGCCUGAUACUGCCACCACAUGAAUGGCUUGGUAGGAGGAAGAUUUCAGGAAGCAAGAUAUUUUCUGUCUCGGUGUGUGAAGGUGCUGGGACGACCUUGAAGUGGAGAGAUCUGAGCAGACUUAGAAAUGCAGUAUGGACCAAAACUGAUUUUCUUGAAUUAUAACAGUAUAGGACAUUAUUUAUUUAUACCUUUUGUGAUUGCAUACUAGUGAUGUUAAAUGUAGAAUUUGGUCCUCUGAAAACCUGGCAAGGGGUCUGUGUUAGUUUUUCAUCCCCCAAGGUUGGAAUUUCCCAUAUAUGCUUAACACCAUGACUCAUUCAAAAUCAACAGCAAUACGUUCAAUUCCAGAAAAAAUAGUGUGACUGCAAAUUUUGUUUCAUUCUGGGUUGGAAGAAAAUGCAUAGUGGUGGACUUAUGGGUGCCAUAUUUUUAGCUUUUCUGUUCAAGUACUUCGUAUAAUGUAAAACAUUGAUAAAUAUUUAAGAUCUUAACUUUGUGUA